AUGGGUGACUUUAACGAUUUGCUUGAUCCUAGGGAUAAGGUCGGUAGGAUUGCUUAUCCCGGUUUCUUAUUACGGGGUUUUCAAGGGGCGGUGAGGGAUUCUAGAUUGGUGGAUUUUCCUUUUGGAGGGUAUCAGUAUACUUGGGAGAGAGGGAGCGGGUCAAAGGGUUGGGUUCAGGAGAAAUUGGACCGUAUUUUAGUUGGGAAUGAGUGGGGUGGGCUGUUUCGAGGUGCUACUGCUACUUCCCUUCAAUGUGUUGGGAGUGACCAUCUACCCCUUUUGCUGACUCCAAAUCAGGUUCAGUGGCGGGGGCGUAAGCGGUUGUUUCGGUGUGAACAAACUUGGAUUUCCGAGAGAGGGUGUCGGGAGGUGGUAGAGUCUGCCUGGGAGGGAGACAUCGCUCGUAAUAUUGAUGGUAAGAUUGCAAUGUGUGGGGUUCGGUUAGGAGCAUGGGGAGGGAGACGGCGUAGAGAAUUUCGGAAGGAGAUUGAAUGGUGGGGGGCGUUUGGGCAGUUUGAGAGGGCGUGGUGA